UCUGUCUCCUGGUCUGUCUGUCUCCUGGUCUGUCUGUCUCCUGGUCUGUCUCCUGGUCUGCCUGUCUGUUGCCCAGGUUGGUCCGCUGCUCCUGGCCCUCAGUCCUGUAUCCUGCAUGUGGACAUGGACUGUUUCUUUGUCUCCGUGGGGAUCAGACACAGACCAGACCUCAAAGGGAAGUUUGUAGCGGUGACCAGUAACCAUGGUUCAGGCAGAGUGGCCCAGAGUUCUGGUGUUGACCGCCAGCUGGAGCUGCAGUGCUACCAUAAACAAUACUCCUAUCCAGCUGUGUCAGAGAGGAAGGAUGGGGACCUGGAGGAAAUUACAUCAUCAGAGACGGAGAGUCACAUCUCCCAUGGCAACAGUGUUGACCAGGAUACUGCUGCCCUCUCUAUGGCUGAGAUCGCCUCCUGUAGCUAUGAGGCCAGGCAGGCAGGGGUGAGGAAUGGUAUGUUUUUUGGCCAGGCCAAACAACUGUGUCCCUCCCUGCAGUCUGUCCCUUAUGACUUCCAGGCCUACAAGAAGGUAGCCCUGGCCAUGUAUGAGACCCUCGCCAGUUAUUCUCAUGAUAUCGAGGCCCUGAGUUGUGACGAGGCGUUGGUGGAUAGCUCUGCCCUGCUGGCUGAGUUGAGUGUUACACCAGAUGAACUUGCCAGUGCCAUCAGAGCAGAUGUCAGGGAGAGGACUGGGUGCUCCGCCUCAGUGGGCAUGGGGUCCAACAUCUUGUUGGCGAGAAUGGCUACCCGAAAGGCUAAGCCGAACGGACAGUACCUCCUGAGGUCAGAGGAAGUGGAUGACUUCAUCAGGGACCAGACGGUGACCAGCCUACCAGGUGUGGGCCGUUCUAUGGGUGGGAAACUGGCAUCUCUGGGUGUGAGGUCAUGUGGGGACCUGCAGCAGGUGUCUCUGCAGCAGCUGCAGAAGGAGUUUGGCCCUCGCACCGGUCAGACCCUCUUCAGGUUCUGCCGAGGUCUGGACGACCGGCCCGUCCGUAGCGAGAAAGAGAGGAAGUCUGUCUCUGCUGAGAUGAACUACAACAUCCGCUUCACACAGGUGGACGAGGCGGAGUCGUUCCUGACCUACCUGUCCAUUGAGGUGCAGAAGCGUCUGCAGGGAGCGGGGCUUAGGGGUCGCAGGCUGACCCUAAAGGUCAUGGUCUGUAAGGCAGGGGUGGAGCAAUCCAACUACAGUGGUCAUGGCACCUGUGACAGUUUGGCUAGGUCAGUGACCCUGGCCCAGCUUACAGACUGUGGUCAUUUGAUAGCCAGUGAGGUCAUCAAGCUGUUCCACGCAAUGAGGCUGAAGGUGCAGGACCUGAGGGGGGUGGGCCUCCAGGUGCAGCUCCUCGAGGGGGCCCACUCCUUCCCCAAGGACCCCACGGGCCCUAAAACAUGCUACGUCAGAGACAAGCUGCUGGCCCAGCACACCCCCGCCCAACAUAACUAUACAGAUUCGCCACCUAAUACCGCCAUUACUGACACAUGCACCAGUCAGGAAAAUAGUUCCUCUGCCAGAGUCCUGUCCCCCUUCUCCACUCCCCGCGCUACAUCGCCUGCUGAGCCAAUCCCAGGGACAAGUAAAGGAGAGCCGCCACGCACACCUAACCAUGUUGAUAACCGCCUUAACCUUAGCAUCGAGGUCUCCCCUCCCUCACAGGUGGACCGGUCGGUGUUGGAGGCCUUGCCUGCAGAGUUGAGAGAACGGGUGGAGCACCCCUGGACCCACAGAGACACAGAGAGAACCCACAACUGGUCACACCAACGCCCCCUUCAUCCUGGCCCCUCUUCUACUCUCUCUUCCUGUUCAUCUUCCCCUCUACCCUCCUCUCCUCCUCCCCCCGCUACCCCUCCUGUAGGAGCACUGGUGCUUCAGAUCCCCAAACAGUCUGGACAGACCGGCUCCACAGGCAUCAUACUGGAACUGCCUGACUUCUCCCAGGUUGACCUGGAGGUGUUUGCAGCACUCCCCAGAGAACUCCAGGAGGAGCUGCGUUCAGUGUACGGCCACAGAGAGAACACCCAUGGGAUCAUGGACCAGAGGAACCCCCUGUUGCAUCUGAAGCAUGUGGGGGUGGGUCGGAUGAAGCGCUGCUACAAGAAGAAUGCCAACAACAGCCCUGCCAAGAAAGGCCCCUCCCCUCUAAAGAGGCCCCGCCCACCAGGAAACACCCCGGCCAAAGACCUACCACACGUGCUCAGACCCAGGGACCUACCCAAUGGCCUCAAGCUGGAGAAUGGACCUUCCACCUCCCCCCUACAGCAGGACGACCCAGAGACUCUGUCCAAGUUCACCCCUUGCCCUGAACCCACCCUGGCUGGAGCCUGUGAUUUCAGGGACAUCCGAACACUACUCAGAGAAUGGAUCACUACCAUCUCAGACCCCAUGGAGGAGGACAUUCUGCAGGUAGUCAAGUACUGCACUGAUCUGAUCAAUGACAAAGACCUAGAGAAACUUGACCUGAUCAUCAAGUACAUGAAGAGGUUGAUGCAGCAGUCUGUGGAGUCUGUGUGGAGCAUGGCCUUUGACUUCAUCCUGGACAACGUGCAGGUGGUGGUACAGCAGACCUACGGCAGCACUCUGAAGAUCACGUAGGAGAGGGCAGCACUCUGAAGAUCACGUAGGAGAGGGCAGCACUCUGAAGAUCACGUAGGAGAGGGCAACACUCUGAAGAUCACAUAGGAGAGGGCAGCACUCUGAAGAUCACGUAGGAGAGGGCAGCACUCUGAAGAUCACGUAGGAGAGGGCAGCACUCUGAAGAUCACGUAGGAGAGGGCAGCACUCUGAAGAUCACGUAGGAGAGGGCAGCACUCUGAAGAUCACGUAGGAGAGGGCAGCACUCUGAAGAUCACGUAGGAGAGGGCAGCACUCUGAAGAUCACGUAGGAGAGGGCAGCACUCUGAAGAUCACGUAGGAGAGGGCAGCACUCUGAAGAUCACGUAGGAGAGGGCAGCACUCUGAAGAUCACGUAGGAGAGGGCAGCACUCUGAAGAUCACGUAGGAGAGGGCAGCACUCUGAAGAUCACGUAGGAGAGGGCAGCACUCUGAAGAUCACGUAGGAGAGGGCAGCACUCUGAAGAUCACGUAGGAGAGGGCAGCACUCUGAAGAUCACGUAGGAGAGGGCAGCACUCUGAAGAUCACGUAGGAGAGGGCAGCACUCUGAAGAUCACGUAGGAGAGGGCAGCACUCUGAAAAUCACAUAGGAGAGGGCAGCACUCUAAAGAUCACGUAGGAGAGGGCAGCACUCUGAAGAUCACGUAGGAGAGGGCAGCACUCUGAAGAUCACGUAGGAGAGGGCAACACUCUGAAGAUCACGUAGGAGAGGGCAACACUCUGAAGAUCACAUAGGAGAGGGCAACACUCUGAAGAUCACAUAGGAGAGGGCAACACUCUGAAGAUCACAUAGGAGAGGGCAACACUCUGAAGAUCACGUAGGAGAGGGCAACACUCUGAAGAUCACAUAGGAGAGGGCAACACUCUGAAGAUCACAUAGGAGAGGGCAACACUCUGAAGAUCACGUAGGAGAGGGCAACACUCUGAAGAUCACAUAGGAGAGGGCAACACUCUGAAGAUCACAUAGGAGAGGGCACGGCAGGCUCUGGCCAAGUCUCAAAUCACACCCUAUUCCCCAUAUAGUGCACAGGUCAAAGGUGUUAUACUAAUAUGUGGAGGAUAGAAUGCCAUUUGUGAUCCAGUUUUGCUCCUCCUGCUCCUGUUUAUUGUGCCACUGUUACAUCAUCCCACUAUUACAUCAUGAUCCUGUGGGAGGAGCUGGGUCAAAUCAUGAUGUCUGUGAUCUUCAGCACGGAAAGUCGGAGUUCUAGAAAGAUGCCAGAGUUUUAGAGUUGGAUGACCAUUCAAAACUAUUUUUCCCAUUUCCCAGUUGUCUUGAAGGCACUGAAGUCGGAGUUCCUUUUUCCCAGUUGUUUUGAACACGACAAUAACUUGGACACGUGUUCUCUCCUUGUGUCAUCACAGUGAAAGAGUUCUGUGUCAUUGUGACAUCAGCACAACAACCCUCUAUCUCUCACUUUGACAUCAGCAGAGCCCAACCUGCCUUCUGUUGUGACGUCGUCAUAACACACGUCAGCAGAACAGAGCACAGAUAUCGGCUGCGCUACACAAAUCAAACUUGGCCCAUCGCACAAUGUCCAACUUUCGUGGGUCAGAGGGGGAGGGGCAGGAACCCUCCUCCUGUAGCCCCUAUUGGUCAGGACCCACUGAAAGUCAUGAGUAAUGGCAGAGUUGGCCACUAGGUCUGUGAAUAUGCCAAUCGUCCCAGUAUAGGACAGACUGAGACAUAGAGAUGGCCAUGGAAUAUCCUUGCUGUCUCCACUGCAUUCUUCCUCGUUCUUUGACAUGCAGGGUUUGGAAGCAGAAAGCAGAGACCUCUCUUCCACUCUUCUGUAUUCUGUUUCUUUUCACUCUCUGCUUUACACCAGUUGUUCUGUUACUCUCUGCUUUGCACCAGUUGUUCUGUUACUCUCUGCUUUG